UAGCAAGUAAAAAAAAGUAAUAGCCGAAGAAGGUAAAUAUAUAAUAAUCGAUGAUGUGGUGGCUGGGGCUGGGGCUGGUGGUGGUUGCGUUGGUGGCCGAGGCGGCCGGCGGCGCGAAGGUGCACCGGAACCACGGGAAGUUCACGGCGGGGCCAUGGAAGCCGGCGCACGCGACGUUCUACGGCGGGCGCGACGGGUCCGGCACGCUGGACGGGGCGUGCGGGUACAAGGACACGUCCAAGGAGGGGUACGGCGUGCAGACGGUGGCGGUGAGCACGGCGCUGUUCAACGGCGGCGCCGGCUGCGGCGCCUGCUACGAGGUGCGGUGCGUGGACAGCCCCGACGGGUGCAAUGAAAACGCCGGCGCGACGGUGGUGGUGACGGCGACGAACCUGUGCCCGCCCGACCCCAGCAAGCCGGGCGACAACGGCGGGUGGUGCAACCCGCCGCGCGAGCACUUGGACCUGUCCAUGCCGGCCUUCCUGCAGAUCGCGCAGGAGAAGGCCGGCAUCGUGCCCAUCUCAUACAGACGGGUGCCCUGCGUGAAGCAGGGAGGGCUGAGGUACACCAUCACGGGGAACAAGUACUUCAUCCUGGUGAUGGUGGCCAACGUGGGGGGCGCGGGUGACGUGGCGGGGCUGAUGGUGAAGGGGAACAAGCGGGUGAAGUGGACGACGCUGAAGCGCAACUGGGGGCAGGAGUGGCAGACGUCGGAGGACCUCACCGGAGAGUCGCUCACGUUCCGCGUCAUGACCGGCGACCACCGCAAGGCCACCUCCUGGCACGUCCUCCCCCGCGACUGGCAGUUCGGCGUCACCUACCAGGCCACCAAGAACUUCUAGCUGCCUCCCUCCUCAAACACGAUAUAUUAAUUGUUUCUUCGUUAUUUCAUUACUCAUCACAAAUACAAAUGUGAUGCGUCUAUGCUUGGAGGAGAGAUCAAUGAAAUUAUUGAUAGGUCCGUCCA